AUGGCGCGUGGCGGACACUCACACAUUCUCAAGGUCGGAAAGUCGGCUCGCCAAAAAGGUCGCGUUCCGUCUCAUCACAGUGCCUCUAUGCGCACGACCGCGUCAAGUGACUUCGCUUUUGGGCACCACAGCCGCGGGUCACUCGACACGGCGCCCGGUCGAACCAUGAUGGUCGCGCUCGCCCAGCAAGUAUCCGCGCUCAUCACCUCGCGCGCCGCGCCCGCGGGUCCGUCCCGCGCCCGCGCGCCUCUCGUCGCUCGCGCAACCGGUCCCUCCCGGUUCCCCGGGGCCGGAAUGUCGUUCCGGAAUUCGGCGGCGGCGGCGCGUCGCUGGUCCGAGGCGCCCAAACGCCGCUCCGUCGCGCCGCGCGCGGCCGACGACGAUUGGGAGAAGCUGUUUGCCGACCUGAAGCCCCUCGCGCCCGAGCUCUCCGCCGCGCAGGUCGAGGUUCUCGAGCGCGCGCUCGCGCGUGGCCGCAGGCAGGUGCCCAUCACGGACGUCGCCAAGGAGCUCGAGCUCAGGCGCGACGACGUGCUCGCGUGGGUCAAGUCCAACGCGCACCGCGUGCCCGAGCUCGCCAAGCGGUACCCGCCCCAGCCCGAGAAGGUGGCGACGGUGCGGCUGCGCGAACGACCCGACUUUGAUCGCCGCGAGGGACGAGGCAUCCGCGACGUUGAUCGCGACGACGAACGCGAGUACGACGCGCAGACUGCGUACCUUCGCAACGCGCCGGGCGCCAAGCACGUACCCAAGGGCGCGCCCGCGUACAAGGGGUACGUCAAGACGCGUCUCGGCGCGAACAACGUGGCGACGCUCGAGAAGGUGUACGCGUCCGACACCCACCCGAGCGACGACAUGGUGGAGAGCGUCAGGAGGGCGACCAAGCUCCCGCGGAGCAAGAUUGUCGCGUGGUUCAAGACCAGGCGCGAGGAGGAUAAGAUGGCGAAGAGGCGCGCGGUGCGAGAGAGGUACGGCGGAGAGGAGGAGGAUGACGGCUACUACGAUGAGCGCGGCGGGGACGGCUUCUACGAGCGCAGGGGACGCGGGGGAAGGGGAGGAGGAGGCGGAAGGAGAGGCGGAAGAGGAGGCGGAGGCGGCUUGAGGGAGGGCGGCGCGGGAGACGCGUACGGUGCGAGGCAGGAGCGGGGACGUCGCGACUCCACCGGCGAGUGGAGCGGUCGUCGCGGUUGA